AUGUUUAUUCCCCUUGGAUACUUUGCAAAGAAACGCUCCGAUGGUAUACUCAGAUUUCCAUCGUUGGUGAAGCAUCGCAUAGCUGCAGAUCCUCGAAAGCGAGCCAGACCCAGUGCGGAUGCGUUUUCUGGCCACGUCUCCCCUCCUUGGUGCGAUGAGAGCGAGCCUGGGGUCGCUGGUGUCAGACUUGCCGAUUUGUAG